UUAGUGCUCAAGCUCAGCUGUUCGACGUAAACAACAAUGGCGCAUCUCAGCUCUGACGAUUUUGGCAGAUUGCAGAACCAGCUUCUAGAAUUACGAGAAAAGAAUUACAGCUUGGAGGAUAGUCUUCGCAAACACACGAAGGAACUGACAGAAACUAAGACAAGACUACAAGGCUUAGAGGAAGAAAAUAACCGCUAUCAGUUUUUGAUCAGGACAUCAAAAAAGGCAUCAGAGGUAGAGCUUUUAAUUCGUGACAAUGGAUAUCUUCGUAACAAAUUAAGAGAUCAGGAGGAAGAUUUUCGACUCCAAAACAAUACACUUUUGCAAGAGCUGUCAAGAUUGGUUGGGGAGAAUGAGCGGUUUGAGAGACAAGUGGAGGUGCUGUGUGGUGACAGAAGUGGUAACCAGACAGCUGAUGGCGAUCACGGCUCAACUGAUGAUUCUAAGGAGGUUUUACGUCUCCGUGGAGAACUCACAGCAAUGGAGAAGAAAUUGUAUGAGGCAGAGAAGCAAGCAGAGGUAGAAAGUUUUACAUUAAAGGAAAAGAUGGCUUCUUUGAAUGUUCAUAUCACUCAGUUGACCAAUAUUCUUAAAACACACUCCAUACCUAUAGAUGAAGGUGAAAUCAGUUUAGCCCAAGGUGGAGGUGUAAGCUUCAAGAAACUGACACUUCAAGAUGAUGAUGGCCUCGAGACACAUUUGGAGAGGCCCAGUGAGACAUUACAACAUUACCAAGAGAGAACUAGCAAGCUACAGAGUGAGGUGGAAAAAGUGCAUGAUCAGCUUAAGGAAGAAAAAGCAAUGGUAGUGAAUUUGACUUCUGAGAAAGUCAGAUUAGAACAAGAUCUUAAGAAUGCUGAUGAGAGGUUAGCAAAAGUAGUGGCCCAAGCAGAGAAGAGUAGUGAGCAGGAACAGAGGCAACAGCGACUGGCUGACGAAAAGCAGAAAGAACUGGAAGCACAGUUAAGGUAAGUUUUCAUGCUUGCACCUCAGUUUUGUAAAGUUUAUAGAGCUUGCCAGGGAAAAGUCAUAAUGUUCAUAUUGAGAAAAGUUAUGAGUUUUAUUUACAGCAUCAUUUAUUGCUUAACAGACUUAAAUAAUAGAAGCUAAUAAAAAUAUAUUAUGCAAGAUAUCC